AUGCUCCACAUGAACAACACCAACAGCACGAUCGACCCGGUCGUCAAGGACACGGCGAGCCUCAAGCGGCGCUGGUUCAACGACGACGACGACGCGUGCGACGAGUCGCCGGCGCUCGCGCUGCGCCACGACCUCGACGCGAUCACGGUCGACGUGUGCGCCAUGCAGGCCCAAGUCGACCAGGCCGUCCUCGAUGUCCAGCGCCUCAUGGCCAUGAUCACCGAGCUCGACAGUCUCCGGAAGCGGCGGCGCAUACGACGAUGA